AUGUCACCACGUGCUUGGGAAAUCUAUUGGGCGGAUUAUAAAUUGCUCAAGAAGAUUAUUAAAGACUGUGCACAGAUAAAGAAAGAGGAGAAAUUACAAGGUGAUAAACUCAUUAAGAUUAAGAUUAAACCAUCCGCCAAAGAAGAUAACGAUAGUAUUCGUCAAUCACAGGAUGAAAUGAAUUUCUUUCGGACGUUACGCAUGGAAAUUAAGAAAAUUGCUGAUUUCUUUAUCAAAGAACAAGCAAAACAUACAAGUCAAGUCCUAGCUAUUAAUACGAGUUUCCAACAGCUCAAGACGAAUCCGACGUUAGGAGAAGCCAAGACAGCAUUGAUGAAAAAUUGUGUGGCACUGUAUAAAGAGCUUCUCUUGCUUGAGAAUUUUGCUGUGAUGAAUUUUUGCGGUAUCUCCAAGAUUUUGAAAAAGCACGACAAGUGGACGGGAUAUGCUACUCGUAAUAAGUUUAUGCACACAAUCUUGAUGAAACAACCGUUUGCCACGUACGAGCCAUUGCUACAAAUGAUUGAUUGUUUGGAGCAUAUUUUCAUGCAAGCAACGGGUUCUAGCAUCGAACAACAUGAUGCACAGAAGUCGCAUUCUCGACGUGGUAGUGGUGGCAGCUCAUCGUCUUCAUAUUCAGGAGAAACACCUGAUGGCUCAGGAUCUGCAUCUGGUGGUGGUGAAAGAGACAAUGGUUGCUUUGGCAGCAAUGCCUCGCCAAAUCACUCACCUAGUCACACUGCUUUUGAUGCUAGCGGUGACAGUCAUGAAGGACGCACAUGUCGAGCCGCAGUGGAUAACUCUUCUCCAAGAUCUGAAAGCUCGGUCACAUUAGUGCGGGUGAAUGCACUUCGAGAUGAUGUGAGGGAGCUGAAAAAGAUUGAAAGCGCAUAUGGCGGCGAUGGAGACUAUGAGGAUAGUUCGGGCUACUCAGGUUUUCCUGACGAUGACACUGAAGUGUCCCCAGUACGCUUUGGCGGCCGUUCCCAAGAAGGCAAUCGUGUCGGACCUCCUUUACAAUUACAAGUAUCCGAGUCCGACAGUGAUGCCGCAGCAGUUACUAUGCUUACUAUGAAAGAUAGCGCACAGUUGCGUGCGUCCGGAAUCAGCGGCAACGGUGGUGACAACGCCGCAGAAAGCUAUCGCACACGACGCGCGAAGCGUAAAGCAUGUGCGCCGCUAGAUAUGGAAGGCAAGCGCAAGAUGAGUGUCACGGCGAUUCUUAACUAG